UUGUGCCGUCACUUGUACAGUGUUUUUAACUCCGUCUUUUAUAUGACGUGUCUUGUAAAAUGGACGUGACCGACACACUUCCCGAAACAAUAAUGGAGAACCCUGAAAGUAUUGGUGAUCCAGGAGAGACGCCAGAAGACGUACAGACCACUUCAAAUGAGAAUACAACAGAACCUAAGGCAGAUUUUAUUACUUCUUUAUUGGAAGAUUCGUUUAAUGAACAAUGUGCUUCUGCAGAUAAUAUGUUAAUUGGUGAAUGUGACGAACCAGCGAGUGGUUUAGAACUGUCGCAUCUAGUUGAACAGCCAAAGAGCACAGAUUUUUUUUCUAUUGACAUACAAUCGCCAGAAGAGAGUGAACCUCUAAAGGAAAAUAUGGAUGUUGACGAAGAAAUUGAUACUGCGAAGGAGAAAGACAUUGAGGUAUCAAUAGGCACCACUCGUAAAGAAGUAACGGCUGAAGGUGAUGUUGAACAACCGUCCCAAGAGAUCACACGGUUACCUGAUGAAAUAACAGCUUCUGAACCAGAGGAGGUCCCUGUAACAACGGAAAAUGUUCCACAACCAUCCACAGAUAAACCGAACGUUUCUGAAUUAGAAAAUCCUCCUCCAGAGCCAGUACAUGCAGAUGACAAUAUUCAGCAACCUACCGAAAUAAUACUUACAGUCGAUGAAAGAGAAACUACUGAACUCGACAAACCACCACAGGAGAUUACUGCUGUAACCGAGGCUGUAACUGUCACUGACCAAGAAACUAAUGUUCAGCAACUUCCGACAGAGAUCAUACUGUCAGAUGACGAUGAAACAGACGUUUCUGAAGUUGAAAAACCGUCACAAGAGAUUACAGACGUAGCAGAUAAAGAAGCCAAUCUUCAACAAGUGCCCACAGAGAUCAUACUGACAGACGAUGAAGCAGACCCGUCUGAACUCGAGCCACAUCCACCCGAGAUUGCGGCCAUUACUAUAGAAGACGAUGAUGAUCAUACAAGAUCAGACAUAGUUUUCCCUAACGAAGAAGCUAUGGGGACAGACAACGAAACUGAAAAAGAUGAAUCUGGAGAUAAAGAAACACCUAAUGCAGACACAUUGAUGACUAUACCUGAAAUAAUUUCAUGCGUAAGUGAAAGUGGAACCAAUGUUGUAGAUAGCGUUACAUCAGAGGAUAUACCUACGAGCAGAAAGGAAGGUGAAACCGGUACAGAAGGCAUGGAAGUUCAGGAAUCGGAUACACCAAACGUACCUGCAGAAUCAGAAAAAAAUUCAGAGGUUACAAAGGAUUCUGUAAGCGACGCUGAUAAUGUACUAGGUGACAGUCUAAAUAAGGAAAGCAAUAACGCAGAUGCUAGUGAUGGACAAUCUGCUCCAAUGGAGACGGACACAGUUUCCGAUGAUGUGGUAGAAAAAAGCGUAACUACUGGCAAUGUAGAUACAGAGGAAGUGGACGAUUCAGAUCCUGUAUUUGUGAGCACUGAUAGUGAAAAGACCAGUAGUACAGAAAAAACUGCUGCAGCAACUCAAGAUGACGAAAAUUUCCAAGAAAACCAACCGCAAGAGGAUCCUAUUGGUUCAGAUGAUUUAAUUGCAGUACCGUUGGAUGACGAUGCUGAACCAGAGGCUACCAUUGAAGACCAGGUGGUAGACAUAGAACAAGGAGCAAGUGAAGAGAUGUGUAUCAUACCUGAUACGGAACGUGUUAUAUCACAGGCGGAGAAAGAUGCAGUUGCCUCAAUGGUACCUCUUAGAGAUCCCACAGAAUCUGAACUUUUUACCAACGAUCCUUCAUCAGAGACCACCUCCGCGGAAUCGGCGACAGAUAAUUGCAAGGGUUCAAAUCCAGAAAACUAUGUGGUGUCUCUUUGUACAGAUGAGAAUGUGAAUUCAUGUAUGCAAUGUUGUUUGCCUCGAAAAUCAAAAUAUUCCGUUUUGCAUGAAAAAGUCAUGACUUAUAUAUGCGAUGAUGGGUGCCUGAGCAACUUCAAACGUAGACAUACCGAUAAGAUAAUUAUGAACACUGAAGGUGACCUGAGAGUGAAAAAAUUAACAUCGGGUGUUAACAAUGAUAACAUGGUGGGCAAAGUGAAAUUCUGUAGGAAGUGUGCGGAAUGUCAAAAGGAAUUGGAAUUGAGUAAUUCGCAUUUAUCCUGGCAAACAAUGGAAUUCUGCACUGAACUUUGCUUAUCCAAGUAUCAAAAGAGAGUUGGAUCGAAAUGUUCCAAUUGCAACACAAUUGUUCGUACAAACUGUUUAGGAAAAUACUGUGUACGGUUUGGUUACAACAUUAGACAGUUUUGCAGUAGCGUAUGUCUAGAAGAAUUUAAGAAGGGCCUCAAAGUUUGUUCUUAUUGUCAGAAAGACAUGUCAACUGGCGGAGGCGAUGGAUUCUUGGCGCCCGUAGGAGACAAAGGGCAAUUUAAAGACUUCUGUACACAGUCCUGUAUGGAAAAAUACGAUAUUAUGAGUAACAAUCAAAGCAAACACUCCAAUACGAGCGGCAAUAUGUGCUCUGUAUGUUUAAAAGAGAAACCGACUACUAUCGAAUUUGAACACAACAACAAAAUGAAUUUCUUUUGUGGAGAACCAUGCUUUGUGGCCUUCAAAUUCGUCAACAAUAUCGCGCCAGGAAAGUGUAAUAUGUGCAAAAAGUACUUUGACAACAAAGUUCUGGAAGAAAAUUCCAUGUUUUAUGACAACGCCUUGCUCAGUUUUUGUGCAAAAAGUUGUCAAAAUAUCUACAUAAUUGGUCAUAGAAAAAUCGUACCUUGCAGUUGGUGCAAGGUUAAAAAAUACAAUUUUGACAUGAUCAACCGUCUGUCCGCAUCUGGGGCCUCAUUGUUAAUGUGUUCUUUAAAUUGUCUUAACUUGUAUCAAGUAUCGAUAAAUGCUGUGCAAUCAAAGAAGAAAAACUGUGAUCACUGUCAAAAGAGUUACAAGCCGUUAUAUCAUUUAACAAUGUCUGAUGCGUCAAUUCGUAAUUUCUGCUCCUAUCCAUGCGUGAUGGCGUUCCAAAAUCAGUUUUCAAAAACACCCAUUACACUUAACGAACCGGAGGAUGGUCAACGUACUCGUACUUUGCCUGUACCCACAAGUGGACCUAAAAAAACCAAGAAAUUACUAAAGCCAAAGAAGAAGAGCGCAGUACCUAAAGAACUGCCAACCAUUCCUACUAUACCAGUAAUUAGCAGUGUACAGUCACUGGCCACUACAAAUGGCCCAAGUACCUCACCACCCACCGGACACCGCACAAAGAACAACACUACCACAACUCGACCUCCAAGUCCUAUAAUAAAGACAAAAAUUCUGCGCCAGGUGAUUAUUAAACCCACUCCGAUUCCACCACAUAGAAAUGUAGGCACUUUGUGCAAAAUAAACACAAAAUCAAAGGAAGUUACUGCAAAGCCAACUACUUGCGAUGCAGAAGUACAAACAGACGAAAUUAAGGAAAAAACUAGCAUUAUUCCUAUACCGGUACCAAUUUACGUUCCCGCUCCAAUGUGGAUGUAUUCGAUGCCUCUACCCGUACCAUUUCCUUUCCCUUUGCCAGUACCAGUGCCCAUAUUUAUUCCCACAACUCGUAAUUCGGCUAUGGGAAUUAUGAAAGAAAUUAAGAAAAUCCAAGUCAAAAUUCCCACAGAUCCAUUUGAAGCAGAACUUUUAAUGAUGGCCGAAAUGGUGGCAGGGGAUAAAAAAGAAGAACAUACAGAGUCUGAAAGUGAAGAAGAGGAUACAGCACCACCACCACCUGAAGAACCGACAUACAGUCCUGAACCUGUGGAUCCUAAUAAUUCGUUUGGGGAUGAUAUGCUGCAAAUGGCUUUGAAAAUGGCAACAGAGUUGGACGAACCGGCUGUAGACUUAGAGGGAGCGCUGACUGUCAACACAAUUACGGCAUCUCAAGAAGAGGCUGCACCAGCACCAGUGCCAGCUCCCGAGCAGUCGCCACCCAUACCGAUGACAGAACGUCAAUCAACUCGUGGUCGUAAACGUAUGGGACGCCCACCGAAGGCUGCCCCAAUUACGAGUAAACGAGGUAGACGAACAUCAACGCAGGUGGAUAUUCCCACAAUAACACCUCCACCACCGACUCCUCCUCAAGAACCAGUGGAAAAACCAGAUGCAAAUAUGUGUCUUAAGUAUACAUUUGGAGUAAAUGCCUGGAAACAAUGGGUCACCACAAAAAAUGCCGAAUUGGAGAAGACUUCACGACGUGUGAAAUUGUUUAAACCCGAAAUCUUACAGUUAACUGCUGAUGAACUGAAUUAUUCGUUGUGCUUAUUUGUGAAGGAAGUACGAAAGCCUAAUGGACAAGAGUAUGCUCCUGACACGAUUUAUUAUCUAUGUCUAGGAAUUCAACAGUAUUUGUUCGAAAAUGCCAGAAUCGAUAACAUUUUUUGUGAUUCUUAUUACGAAAAGUUCACCGACUGCCUGGAUGAAGUGGCCAAGAAAUUUUCAGUUUUGUACAAUGAUUCUCAUUACAUCGUCACCCGAGUGGAAGAGGAGCAUUUGUGGGAGAGCAAACAGUUAGGUGCUCAUUCGCCACAUGUUUUAUUGAGCACGCUUAUGUUUUUUAAUACUAAACAUUUUAAUUUAACGACCGUCGAUGAACAUAUGCAGCUUUCAUUUUCUCAUAUAAUGAAGCACUGGAAACGUAAUCCCAAUCAACCCGGUGCAGCCAAAACGCCAGGAUCUCGCAAUGUUUUGUUACGUUUUUACCCACCACAAGUAUCAACAACAGAUACUCCACCUAGAAAGAAAAAAGUUUAUGAACAACAAGAAAAUGAAGACAACCCUCUACGUUGCCCAGUAAAACUGUACGAAUUUUACUUGUCCAAAUGCCCCGAAAGUGUAAAAACACGUAACGACGUUUUUUACUUACUUCCUGAAAGAUCUUGUGUCCCUGAUAGCCCAGUUUGGUACUCCACCAUGCCACUACCAAGGGCAGCUCUUGAAAAAAUGCUGCAUCGUAUUAAAAUGGUCAAGGAAAUUAAUGUAGCACUUUUAACGAGUUAAAUAUGUAAUAUUUCGAAGCGUGUUAUUUUUGUAUUUUUUUUCCAUCAUUACAGACGUACGUACAAUAAAAGUGUAGUUACAUGA